CGAGGUACCGCUCAAAUCCAAAUUCAAAUUUUCAUUCUCUCUGUGUGCAAAUCUACCAACUUCCCAAAUUAACCCUCAAUCUCUUCGCUCUCCUCCUUCCUCUUCUGUCCAUCACCAGCCGUCCAUUUCUCAGAUCGACUGCCGGACUCAGAUUCGAGUUUUCCUCGGAUGCGAUCCCCGGGCCCACUCCAAGAACUCUCCUGAAAAAAAGCUCUGAAUCCGAGUCCCAGCCUGAGUUCAAUUUGUGUUCUUGGAUUCGAACAUGGCUUCUCGUAACCAGAAUCGACCUCCUCGUAGUCCCGCAACUAAAAAGGAUGGUGUUGACUAUGUUCCUGUAGACAAGCGGCGGAGGAUUGGAGCAGCAAGAAUGGUCGGACCGGCAAGCACUGGGCGUGUGCGACAGGCAUUUUCCGUGGUUAACAAUAGGCAGGAUGUUACGGCCGCUAGUGAUAUGGGCAGCGCUGAGGGUUCGGAUUGUGGAAUUGUGGAGUUCACAAAAGAAGAGGUUGAUGCGUUGUUAAAUGAGAAGUUGAAGGGGAAGAAGUUUGAUCUUAAGGGAAAAUUGGAGCAAAUGACUGAGCAAAUAAAGAGGCUUAAACUUUGCAUCAAAUGGUUCCAACAAGUUGAUGAAAACCAUGUUCUUAACAAGGAAAAGCUUCAAAGUGCAAUGGAGUCUGUUGAGAAAAAGUGCAAGGAUAAUGAGGUGGAGAUGAAUAGCAAGAUGGAGGAGUUCAAUGUGAUUACUUCAGACUUGAAGAAAACUAUCUCUUCUUUAGAAGAGAGAGUUGCAAAGGAAGAAUCAUAUAAGUUGGAUGCAAUUGAAUGCCAUAGAAAUGAAAAAGAAGCAAGGGUUGCUGGUGAGAAGUUGCAAGCUUCUCUUUUGGCAGAGCUGGAAAAAACUCGGCAGGAGAAAUCAGUUGCUGAACAAAAGGCAGCCUCAUUUGAGGAUAUGUACAAGCGAGCACAAGAGUACAACGUGAGUUUACAACAUUAUAACAGCAAACUCCAGAAAGAUAGUGAAACACAUAGUGAGUCACUCAAACGACUUGAAAUGGAGAAAUUGACUAUUGUGGAGAACCUUAGCAAUUUGAGGUGUCACAAUAAGGCAUUGCAAGAUCAGUUAGCUUCGUUCAAAGCUUCACAAGACGAGUCUAUAAAGCAAAAAGAAUCAUUGUCAAAUGAACUGAGAUGCCUUCGAGGGGAACUACAGCAAGUGAGGGAUGACCGUGAUCGCCAAGUGACACAGGUGCAGACUUUAACUGCUGAAUUAGUGAAGUAUGAAGAAUGCACUGGGAAGACAUGUGCUGAGUUGGAUAAUUUGACGAUAAAAUUAAAUGCCUUGGAGGAGACAUGUUCUUCUCAAAGGGAGCAGAUUUGCAUACUGCAGCAUCAGCUUGCUGCUGCGAAUGAGAAAUUGAAGAUUGCUGAUUUAUCGUCUUCAGAAACAAUAGCAGAGUUCGAAGCACAAAAGAAAGUUGUGCGUGAACUACAAGAUCGCCUUUUAGAUACAGAGUUUCAACUCAGUGAAGGAGAGAAGUUAAGAAAAAAACUGCAUAACACUAUUUUGGAACUAAAAGGAAACAUUCGUGUUUUUUGCCGAGUACGUCCUUUGUUGCCUGAUGACGGUGUUGGAACAGAAGCUCCAAUCAUUUCUUACCCUACAACAACAGAAGCUCUUGGCCGUGGCAUUGACUUGACACAAAGUGGGCAUAAAUAUCCUUUCACAUUUGACAAGGUGUUUAAUGAUGAGACGUCACAACAAGAUGUUUUUGUAGAAAUAUCACAGCUGGUACAGAGUGCACUUGAUGGCUAUAAGGUUUGUAUAUUUGCUUAUGGUCAAACAGGCUCAGGUAAAACUUAUACCAUGAUGGGUAAGCCAGAAACCUCGGAGCAGAAAGGGUUGAUACCACGUUCACUUGAACAGAUCUUCCAGGCCAGUCAGUCCCUUCAAUUGCAGGGAUGGAAAUACAAAAUGCAGGCUUCAAUGUUGGAAAUAUACAACGAGACAAUCCGUGAUUUAUUAUCAACAAAUCGAUCAAGUGGAUUUGACAUGUCACGGACGGAGAAUAGCGUUCCAGGAAAACAAUAUACAAUUAAACAUGAUGCAAAUGGAAACACAUAUGUUUCUGACCUCACAAUUGUUGAUGUUUGCAGUAUAAAAGAGAUUUCGUCUCUUCUGCAGCAAGCUGCACAAAGCAGGUCUGUGGGAAAGACACAAAUGAAUGAACAAUCAUCAAGAAGCCAUUUUGUCUUCACAUUGCGCAUAUCUGGUGUAAAUGAGAACACUGAGCAACAAGUACAGGGGGUUUUAAAUCUCAUUGAUCUUGCUGGAAGUGAGCGACUAUCAAAGAGUAUGUCAACUGGAGACCGGUUGAAGGAAACUCAGGCUAUCAAUAAAAGUUUAUCUUCUUUGGCUGAUGUAAUAUUUGCAUUGGCAAAGAAGGAGGAUCAUGUUCCUUUUAGGAACUCAAAGCUGACAUAUCUUCUCCAGCCAUGCCUGGGUGGGGAUUCCAAGACCUUGAUGUUUGUAAACAUCUCUCCUGAUCCUUCUUCCGUUGGUGAGUCUCUUUGCUCUCUUCGGUUUGCUGCCAGAGUCAAUGCUUGUGAAAUUGGAAUUCCUCGACGUCAGACAACAGUGCGGCCUUUAGAUUCUCGUUUGAGUAGUUGACAUGGGGAUGGGGUGUUCCUUAGUUUCUUUCUUAUUUGUAUGAACAAUGGUUGUAAUGUUUAUAAUUGGAGUGGAUUGCUUGUAUCAAUUGUUUGUACCUGUACCUCUGUUUCUAGCUACUACUAAUUUGUACUUUAGAUUUAUACUUAGGGCCGUGUUUGGAAGCCGGGGCAGAUGCUUUUAUUGGCCUUGUGAGAUUGAUCUGUCAGUGUUAUACUGAAAUGUUCAUCACUUUGAUGAUUACAGGUAUAAAAAG